GUUGUUCUUAAAAUGGCGCCGUUGGACCUGGACAAGUAUGUUGAAAUUGCAAGAGAGUGUAAAUAUCUUCCAGAGAACGACCUAAAGAGAUUGUGUGAUUAUGUAUGUGACCUACUACUAGAGGAAUCAAAUGUACAGCCAGUAUCCAGUCCAGUCACUGUUUGUGGUGACAUCCAUGGACAGUUUUAUGACUUGUGUGAACUUUUCAGAACUGGAGGACAAGUACCAGACACAAACUACAUUUUCAUGGGUGACUUUGUGGACAGAGGGUAUUACAGUUUAGAGACGUUCACAUACUUGCUAGCACUUAAAGCAAAGUGGCCAGACCGCAUCACACUGCUGCGUGGGAAUCAUGAGAGUAGGCAGAUUACACAAGUGUAUGGCUUUUAUGAUGAGUGCCAAACUAAGUAUGGAAAUGCCAAUGCUUGGCGAUACUGCACUAAAGUGUUUGAUAUGCUGACUGUUGCUGCCCUGAUAGAUGAGCAGAUCCUUUGUGUGCAUGGUGGCCUUUCGCCUGACAUCAAGACUCUGGACCAGAUUCGCACCAUUGAGCGGAACCAGGAGAUCCCCCACAAGGGGGCAUUUUGUGACCUCGUCUGGUCUGAUCCAGAGGAUGUUGACACUUGGGCUAUCAGCCCGAGGGGUGCUGGCUGGCUCUUUGGCGCCAAGGUCACCAACGAGUUUGUCCAUAUUAACAAUCUGAAGCUGAUCUGCCGUGCACAUCAGCUGGUUCAUGAGGGCUACAAGUUUAUGUUCGAUGAGAAGCUUGUCACCGUGUGGUCAGCCCCCAACUACUGCUACCGCUGUGGCAACAUUGCCUCAAUUAUGGUGUUUAAGGAUGUGAAUACACGGGAGCCCAAACUGUUCCGCGCCGUGCCUGAUGCAGAGCGAGUCAUUCCACCCAGAACCACAACGCCAUACUUCCUCUGAGGGCGAGAUCUUUGAUGCCCACUGUGUCCACUCUCCCCUCUUUCUCAUCUUGGUCAACCUCUCUUUUUGUUUUUGGUUGGUUUGUUUGUGGGUUUUUUUUUGUUUGUUUUGUUUUGUUUUUUUUUAUAUCUGAAGUUUUAAAAAAAAAAUAUGCAUCCCCUCUCACCACCCCUUCCCCGAGAUUAGAUUAUGAGGAACCCUGAGGAUGUUGCUAGCCCUUUUCAUGAGAAGUGCAAGCUUGUCAUGUAGAAAUUUGGUAUGAAGAAAACAGUGUUCCUCUUGGUGCUGGUUUUUUUUUUUUAUUUUAUAUAUAUAUAUAUAUAUAUAUAUAUAUAUAUAUAUAUAUAUAUAUAUAUAUAUAUAUAUAUAUAUAUAUAUAAAUUUAUAUAUAUAUAUAUAUAUAUAUAUAUAUAUAUAAAUUUAUAUAUAUAUAUAUAUAUAUAUAUAAAUUUAAUCAUACAUGGAUUUAAUCAUAUGUGGUACCAUAACUCUUAAAGAAUGUACACCACUUAGUCAGACCACUUUGAAUAUUGGUUUACUCAGAUGGUUUAAUCUGGCCCUUUUCUCUUGAAAACUAAAGUGCAUAAUGAAAUUGCAAUAUGGGGGUGAGGUUGGACCAGGUGAUGAGACAGAGGAGGCUGUGAUUAUUUUGUACAUUUAAAAAUUGUAUUGAUUUAAUCUUUUUUUUCCAGAUUUGUUGUAUUUUAUUAUUGUAGAGAUGGUGACCCACAUACCAAUUAAAUAUUGAAAAAUAAACCCCAUUUAUUAUUAAUUUAAA